AUGGGAUUUAUAGUUUCUAGGUUAUACAAAGGACAGUCCUUCUUUAUUCUUAUACUUAAGGCAGGGUUGGCCCAAGAUACAACUGUAGUGGACGAGUUUUUCUUCCCUUUUCUAUCGGGGUUUAAGACUGUCUAUAUGUACAAAAACGAGUGCAUAUCAUACAAAAAGCUGAGGGCAAAGGGAAGGACUGCCUCAAUAAUUGAAAUGCACGACACAGACCAUUUACACCUUUUCUGGGACUGUAUAGCAGGAAUGCACUACGUAGUCUACUUUAUCCACUCGCUUUCAAACGAAAACGCGCUUGCUGUUAUUGGACAAAUAAAGAGUGUGCGGGAUGUAAAUCAAGGUGCAUCACUUCUGCUUGUUAUUAUGCAGAAUAAAAUAGAACAAGAUGAGUACGAGCUGUUUAAAAAAAGCCUGCAAAAGAGUCUAGAGGGUGCAACAUACAAAAUAAUAGAUAACACACUCUCUACUCUGGAUAGGCCAUCAAAUGUUAUAGAUGACCUAUUUCACGGAGUAAUGUGGGAAACAAACCCAGUUGAUUGA